AUGCCCGUGACGCUGUUUCUGCUCCUGGCCACAGUGCCACCGGCCCUGGGCGCCCACCAGGCCGGCAACCAGAGCAGCCUGUGCCAGUGCACCUUCUCGGUGACCGGCCCCCACAGGUCCCUCUGCCCCGAGCCGGGCGAAACUUUGUCGGCCCUCCAGGCCCUGCGGAGAGACAGCAGUGUCCAGCGCGGCGAGCUGGAGGCCGUCCGCGCCCGCCUCAGCUCCCUGGAGAACCGGGUGCAGCGGCUGUCCUCGAAGCAGGUCGCCCGGCCCCGGGAGAGCCAGGCCGAGCCGCUGGUGGCGCUGACCGCGCUGAGAGGGAGGGCUCGGCUGGAGGCCAGAGCCAGGCGGCUGGAGGCGGCCUAUGGCCGGCUGCUGAGGGGCAAGACGGAGCUGCAGGAGGCCACUCGGGGGCAGAGACACGGCCAGUGUCCCCAGGCCUCUGAGGACGCGCCCCCGGGCUCCAGGGAAGGCUGCGGGGAGCUCGUCUGGGUGGGGGAGCCGCAGACGCAGGCCUGGGCCGAGACCCCCGCGGGCAAGCACGGCGUGUGGAUGCGGGACCUGGCGCCCCACACGCCGGAGACCACGUGGCGGGCCGACGUGGCGGGCAGGGAUGCGCGGCGGCUGCUGGAGUUCGCGGGGCCGGGCCCGCUGGCCCAGGGCGUCCCUGCGCGCGUGCACGAGCUGCCGCGGGAGCUGGCGGGCCCGGGCGCCGUGGUCCUGGCGGGCAGCCUCUACUUCCAGGCCGCCGGCUCCCGCGCGCGCUGCUGCGCUACGACCUGCACGAGCUCCCGGCGCGAGCUCCCGGGGGCCAGCCUCCAGGGGCGGUUCCCCUACGCCUGGGGCGGCCAAGGCGACAUCGACCUGGCCGUGGACGAGUCGGGGCUCUGGGCCAUCUACAGCACCGAGGCGGCCCGGGGGGGCAUCGUGCUGGCCAGGCUGAGCCCCGAGCACCUGGGGCUGGUGCGCAGCUGGCAGACGGACAUCAGUAAGGCGGCGGUGGGCAAUGCCUUCGUGGCCUGCGGCGUCCUGUACGCCGCGGCCUGCGCGGCCGUCACCGCCGCCUUUGACACGCGCUCGGGCCGGCACUGGAGCCCCGACGUGCCCUUCCGGAGCUGCUACGGCGACACCAGCAUGAUCGACUACAACCCCCGCGAGAGGAAGCUGUUCGCCUGGGACAGCGGCCACAUGGUCACUUAUACAGCCUCGGGGGGCUGCGGGCGCCACGCCAGCACCAGCCACUUGGUGAUGCCCCGGGGGCCGGGGAGGGACAGCUGCCGCUGGCGGUGGCCGUGUGCCAACGCCAGCUGCCACGAGACCCAGGCGGCAACCCCCGGGCACCGGCCGCCCCGGGGGGGACAGGAGGCCUGGCCCCUGUAG